UCAGUUUAUAAUAAUUUGCCGGUUUUAUCUAAACUGUUUAUUGUCGGUUAUUCGUUAUUCGUUAUUAUAACACCAACAAGUGUAUAAUAUUAUAUUAUAGGUGCUCUUGCCGAUAUACCUACGCUAAACAAAUGAUUUUUUUUCACAUUAACAAGAAACUCCUGCUGAUGAAACUUCAUUAUUUCGUGGGAAUUGGUGGUUAUGCGCCACUUAUCCCAUUCAUGUCGACGAUAGCAAAACAACGUGGCUAUUCGUCGUUCAUCGUCGGUCUCGUUUUCGCCGUGAUGCCCAUUCCGGGGAUGUUGGCCAAAAUUAUUUUCGGAUCGCUUACGGACAAAUACAAUUGUCGCCGGUUGGUAUUUGUUUUAAGUGCAAUUUUAACGUCAUUAUUGGUGUUUAUAAUGUUGUUAAUACCUAACACGAAUACCAAUGAAGAAAUGGACGACUCGGAUGCGAUUAGGUCACCGCUGUUUUGGUUAUUUUGGACCACAGCCACGUUGUUUGCGACCACGGCUACGGUGAAGAAUGUUUUGGAGGAUACGAUUUGUAUGAAUCUAUUAGGUGAAAACAAACAUCAAUAUGGUGGACAGAGGUUGUGGGGAUCCAUUGGAUAUAGUUUGUUAGCCAUCGCUUCUGGUGUAUGUGUAGACUGGUAUAGCAAAGAACAAGAGUUCAAAAAUUAUACACCUUGUUUUGUAAUUGCAUUGAUGUGUUUCAUUUUGGAUAUAUUUGUGGUGUCGAACAUUGAGGUUGUACAAGAAAGUUCGUACACCAAUAAGGUGUCAUCGGAUGUCAAAAAAUUGCUAACUGAAUUCAGAAUUUUGGCCUUCAUCGUUUGGGUUGUGUUGUUUGGAUUUUUUGUUUCGUUCUUAUGGAACUUUUUAUUCUGGUACCUGGAAGACUUGUCGACUUUUUAUCAUCCUGAAACAAAAUCUUGGAUGAAGACGCUUCAAGGACUAGCUAUACUAAUUCAAUGCUUCGGUGGCGAAGUGCCUUCGUUCUUUCUAUCGGGUUAUAUACUGAAACGCGUAGGCCACAUGAACGUAUUUUCCAUAAUGUUCUUUGUGUACGCGUUGAUAUUUUUUCUAUUUUCAAUCAUCGAAAACCCCGUUUACGUUUUACCAGUCGAGAUACUCAGUGGCGUAGCGUUCGCGCUCUUCUACUCUGGAGCCAUCUCAUAUGCACAUCUUUCAACUCCUGCCGGUGCCGAAGGAACGUUUCAAGGAGUCGUCGGAACAGCUUUGACGGGAAUAGGAACGCCCAUUGGAAGCCUCGUUGGUGGCUACAUGUUCCAAAUUAUCGGAAGCAUUUCAUCAUUCAAAUUAUUAAGUGUGCUUGUGCUAAUCACGUGUAUCGUACAAAUCAUUGUUAAUCAGAUGAUAAUUCGUUUUUCGAAAAAUAGAAAUAUCAAAACAACUUCUCGCAGAGGUCAACCAGAAGUUGGCGUUGAUUUUACGUUAUAGUUUGUUGUAGUUUAUAAUUAUAAUAUGUUUAUAGAGUUUAGCUUCUAAAAUGUUUGAUUAAAGCCCAUUUUUUAUAUAUUUUUUACUUUGCAUGCACCUGUUGAAUGUUUAUACUCACUUUUGAGCCCAGAUAACAAAAAUAAUAUCUAGAUAAGAUAAAGAUAAUUUCGUUAACAAAUAUCUAGAUUUAGAUUCAGAUGAUAAUUUUUACUUUUAUCUAGAUAAAGAUAAAGAUACAUAUUUUUUUAUCUAGAUAUCAUAAUAGAUAUUUUUAUUUUUUGUUUAAAAUGCGCAAACAAUAAAUAUAUUGCUUAAUUAUUUUAUACAAAUACUUUUAGUAUUUUACUAUUUUAUGACCAUUAAUUUUAA